AUGUUGGAUGAGUUGAAACCUUGGAUUUCUAACCUUUUCAAUGAGUUCAAAAAGGAAAUACUGGAUGCUGUGGUAUUGCAGAACGAGAAAAAGAAGGACGAAGGAGGAGGGUCGUCGAAAUGGUGUGAUGGAGGGAAAAACUCUGUCAAGAUUGUUCACGACUUGAAAGAAGACUGUCGUCAAAGGGAUAAUGAAGCUGAGGAUGAAACGGAGAAGUUAGUUAGGCGGUCGACUAGGCUUCGUGAUAUUGGAGAGAAGCGUAAAAUGGAGGUAGUGGGUACAAUAGAUGUGUCAAAUAAGAAGCGGAAAAUGAAGGGUUUGUGCAGGGAACUUUCCUAUAAAGAUGAUGAUGAUGAAAUGCGGGAUACGUGGGAGUACUACGGGGGCAAUGAAGGAGCGUUGGACUUAUCGCAAGUUGAUCAAAAAGUGGAUUCGGGGAACGGCGAUGAGUUGGGAAAGGAGGAUGCAGAUGCGGUGGUGGGAGGAAGUAGUAAAGUUGUGAAAGUGGGUGAUUUGGGAAACAAGGAUGGGGAUGUUAUAGUGGGAGGAAGUUGUGAAGUUGAGGCUAAGGUUUUUGGUCAAGAAGAAGAACGAGUUGGGGUAUUAGUUUCAUCAGAUGGGGAAUGUGGUGAGUUGGGAAAGAAGGAUGCGGAUGUGAUGGUGGGAGCAAGUGCUGAAGUUCAGCCAAAGCGUUAUGGUGAAGAGGAAGAUGGAGUAGGCUCGACGGAAGUAGGCGAGGAAGAGCCGAAUGAAGAUGUGGAAAGGAAACGUGGAGGUGGAGAAGGUUGUGUUGGACCAUCUACAUUCCCUCUGAAAGAGAUUACAGGUUCGGAUUCUGGAAACUGCCAGCAGUUACAGAUGGUUUUAUACCACGGGUUCUGUACACCUGCGUGGGGGACCAAAAUGGAGGAAAAUCUCGUCAACCAGGUGGCAUAUGAGGAGGAAGUAACGCCUGAUACAAACGAAGCAUGUCAAUCGAAUGAGCAGUGCACGUCUGUAGCACCUAAGAAACCAGAGGCAAAACGUGUCCCGCAAAGAUCGGAGAAGCUUGGACAUCUGUACACUGCUGAUCCUAAACUUAGAGCUCUGUUUGCGAGUAGAUCUAAGCCCGAAUAUGUUCCCAUUCAGAGUGUUCCGAAGGAUGACUUCAAGACAUUUGAGAAGGUGCUUAGAGCGGCAAAGGAGAAGGAGUUCGCAAUCGUCACGGGGCACACAGUUACUAAUGUCUUCUUCCUCGACAUCGCAAAGCGACAGAGAUGGAUUGGGACGGAGCAUAUGCAAGUCAUAAUGGCGAUGUUGUGGCGAAGAAGAGGGGAGAUUGUACUGAAAGACAGAGCAGCAUUUGUGGACCCUGCAUUUACUUGUUUGAUCACUUCUUUGUUUCCGGCCUUCAAAGAGUCAGAGAAGCAGAGUGAGUUUGACUGGGGAAACAGCGUUUGUAGCUUCGUCGAUAUCGUCUAUGUCCCCAUGAACUGGGGUAACGAACACUGGGUGGGGCUUGUGAUCGACCUUCGGGGCAGUUCCGUAGUGAUUUUAGAUCCUUUCGUUGACUACAACUACAAAGUCGGAGUUGUAGAGAGGUACAUGGAACCCGUUGUGGUCGGCCUUCCCUCGAUUCUGAAGCGAUGCUUGCCGGGGGAGGUUACCAAGCACCUGGGAGGUGCGGCGUACACUUGGUCCCGUGCUGAUGGUAUAUAUCAAAACAAACGGAGUGGGGACUGUGGUCCUUGUGCUGCCAAGUUCUUAGAGAUGCACACUUGUGGAUUAGGGUGUGACGAAAUUGGUUUAAUAAGUGAUGCAGAUGUGGAUAGGUUUCGAGAGAAAUAUGCGAUGGACUGUUAUGAAGAGUUUGUUGGGGAUGCAGGCGUAGCAAACCAAUGA